AUGAGUGAUAAAGAGAAUGAGACUGUCAAAUCAGAAGACGAGUACCAAGUUCAAGAUGAAAUCGGAAAAAUGAGAAGCAGAUCUGCAUCAAGAGAAUCUAAAGUUUCUGAGAAAUCUCAUCAAUCUGGAUCUCAUAAAUCUGAGGCUUCUAGAUCCUACUCCAGAUCUCCUACACCAAAAUCAGUGGGCUCCCAGAGAUCAGCUUCUCGCUCUCGCUCUCGUUCACGGUCAAGGUCUCGUUCACCUUCCAGGUCCAGAUCUAGGUCUCGGUCCAGAUCUAAGCGUAGACAUAGAAGAUCAUACAGCAGAUCUCGAUCUAGAAGUAGAGGCCGUAGAUAUUAUUCUCGCUCUCGAUCAAGGAGUCCUUAUUCCCAAGGCAGGCGUAGAUACUCCCGGAGUAGGAGCCGAUCCUAUAGCCGUGGGCGAUAUUCCCCCUAUUAUUACAGAGAUGGAUACAAUGACAGACGAAGAGGAUACUAUCGGACUCAUAGCAAAUCCCCAAUGUCUAGCAGACGUCGGCUUGGCGGAAGCAGACUCCGGGAUCAGGAUAACCCAGAACCUUCAAGAUGUCUUGGUGUAUUUGGCUUGAGUUUAUAUACACAAGAAAGGGAUUUAAGAGAAGUGUUCACCAAAUAUGGUCCUGUUGAAGAUGUUCAAGUGGUAUAUGACAGACAAACUGGUAGAUCCCGUGGCUUUGCUUUUGUGUAUUUCCGAGCAACUCAUGAUGCAAUGGAGGCUAAAGAAAGAUGCAAUGGGAUAGAAGUUGAUGGCAGACGAAUUCGAGUUGAUUAUUCAAUCACUGAGAGAGCUCACACUCCAACUCCAGGAAUCUAUCUUGGAAAACCAACAUCAGAAGGCAGAAGCAAACGUUCCCCUUCCCCCUAUUAUCGACGUAGUAGCAGUCGAUAUUCCCGAUCGCGUUCCAGAUCUUACUCUCCACGUCACUAUUGA